AUGGAUUUAAUCACUACUAACAAAUCAAUAAUUUGCAUUCUAGGAGAUUAUAAGGAUAAAUUAAAAAGUCAAUUAUCUAAUUUUGAAGGUGGAAUGCAAUAGUAAGAAAUCAAAAUAUAUUUAGAUUCAUUAUUAUGCUUGAAUUGGAUUAUAAAAAGAAAUCUCAUUAAGGUGGGGGAAUCUUUAAAUUAUCAUGGCUUCAUAAAUUAAAAACUGUAUAUUAUAAUAUUAAUAUUUUAGUUUCCCUCUGUUGUUAUUUGGAUAUAUGACAUUUCAGAACGUAUAGAUUUGAAUUAUUAUAGCUGAGAAAUUGGAUAAAUUAUUAGAUAAUUAUAAUAUCUUAAAGUAAACCAUAUCAUUAGCAAAAUCAUUUUAACCAAAAAUCAUUAUAGUACUUACAGGCAAAAAUGUUGGAGGAUUUGAUUUUAAUUAUUUAAAGAAAGAAAUUGAUUUAAGAAAGGUCUUUGCAGUUGAAUUUGAAAAUAUUGGUUAAUAAUUAAAAAGGUAAUCUUUAAAGCAAUUAAAUUUUAAUUUAGAAUAAAAAAGAUGAUUGUGGAUGACUCAGGCACAUUCUAUCAAGAAUUAUUUAAUAAAUAUAAGUCUGAAGCAAGUAAAUUGUAAAAGUCUGAAUUAAGUGAUUAGAAGUUAAUUAUUGAAAUUAAGAAAACUCUUAUUAGUGAAAUUGAAAAUAAUGCAAAAAAGGCAAAUAAGCAUAUGUAAACAUCUUAUGAAAUUGUGACUUAAUUGGCUAUAAAAAGGAAAGACUAUUUAAAUUUUACAGAUGAUAAUUCUUUUUACACUUCAUAUGAAUUAAUUUAAUAAGCAGAAGAAUACAGAGAAGUACUAUCAUGUUUGAAAAUUAUAGAUUGCUGAUCAAUUAAGAUUCAAAUUAUUCAGAAAUUUAGAUAUUUAAGAUGUAAUUUAACAUUUUGAGGUUCAUUUCAGAACUUUUAAAAAUUUGAUAUUCCACAAAUUGUUUGAAAUAUAAGAAUAUUUAUGGAGAGUUAAAAUCUUUGUGGCUAUUAUAAAAUUUAUUGAAUCAAAAUUAAUGGUAACUAAUUAUACAAUUGUGUAUAACUAUUUUUAAGUAAUCAUAUAUCAAAUAGUAAUAGGCAACUUUAUUAAGUUAUAUUAAGCUGAUGCAACUUAAUGAAAGUUUUUAAGAUUUAUAAAUUUAAUAAUUUGGUUUUUUAAUAUCAAAAUAAGAACCUGAAUAUUUAGGAAGACCAAAUUAUUAAAUUCGAGAAAAAGAGAAUGAAUAGCCUAUUGAUAUAAAAUCAGAUUAAAAGCUAUUUUAUUUUAAACAUAUAAUUAAUUAUAGAAGAAAUGAAAUUAAUUUAGCUCCUAAUGUACAAUUUAUUUUUGAUUACUGGAAAUAAUAUAAUGAUAAUGGAUAGAAUUAAAACAAUUAUGCAAAUGUUUAUUUUAAAUAUUUGUAAAUUAUUAUUACAUAAAAUUUUGAAUUGAAAUCAUAAAUUGCUGAUUAAUUAAUUUAUUAUGGAUUAAUUGAUGAAUAUAAAAAUAUCCUAUAAUUAGAAGCUUAAUCAUCUUAAUUAACAAAACAAAUUUAAAUUUAUAGUGAUAUAUUAAUAUAUGAACAGGAUAAAAUAUAAGAAAUUAAGAAAUUAGCAUAACAAUUAAAUGAAUAAUUAGAUAUUGUUAUUCCUGCUAAUACAUUUAUAUCUAUUUCUAAAUUAGAAUCUGAUGAAUAAAGUAUUCAAUUAAAAAUAGAUAUGAAUAUCACAUAAUAAAUUUUAGAUAUGGUUGAGACUGGAGUAAUUAUCAGUAAGAAUAAUCAAAUAGAAUUUAUUGCCACCAAUCAUACUAUAGUAAAAACAGAUAAAAUUAUAGAAAAACCAGUUAAAGUUUAAUUAUUUGGAAAAUAUUUGUAAUAUAAUUUUUAAUUUAUAGGGAUAAAUUAUAAAUUAAAAUUAUUGCUAAAGAUGUAGAACUUUAUUCGAACAAAUAUAAAGUAGGAUUAUUAUCAACAUAUAAAAGAGAUCCUCCCAUUAUUACUUUUAAAUAAGACUUUGCGUAUAUCAAUGAAUUAAAUUAAAUUGAAGUAGAAUUAAGUUAUUAAACUGAAUUGGAAUUAUUGAAUUUUAAUUAAAGUAACAAUAGUCUACUCAAGUUUAAGGAAAAUAAUAAUAAUACAAUAAAUAGUAGAUUAUUUACUUUAUAAAUAACGGAUAGUAUUAUUCAUGAUAGAAUUAUUGGAUUUAAAAUAUAAGGUGAAGAAUAUUUCAAAAAGAUUAAAUUUAUUUUCCCAUUUACUUAUUUUAUAAAAAUAAAAUAAUUAAGUAGUGUUUUUUAAAAUGCUCAAAAUAGAAAUCGUAAUACUUUGAGUGUUUUUAGUAAAUGUGCAGUUUAAUUAGAAGUUUAAAAUAUUGAUUUAAUAGAAACUGAAUUUAUUCCAACUGUUGAUCUUGAUUUUUAUAAUAAAAAUAAAUUGAAUGUUAUAUUUAUGACAAGGGAUUAAGCUACUUAUACUAAUUUUGGUUAAUAUAGAAUUAAAUAUUCAAGAAAUUAAAUGAAUUAUGAAGCUAUAGUUGAAGUUACCAAUGUUAAUGUUAUAUCUUAUUUGCAAAAUGUGGAGAUAAUAUCUCCUCCUACAUCUAAUGCAUAAUAGACUUUUGAGAUUGUUAUAAAAUUAAAAACUAGAGAACCAUAAAAUUAUUUCAUUCAAUUAAAGGAUUAAGAUAAAAAACAAUUCUUUAUUAUGGGCAAGAUUAAAUAGAUGAAAUUUAUAGAAGAUGAAGCAAGUUUUUCUUAUUUAUUAUUCCCAAUUGAAUUUGGAAAAUGUAAUCUACCUGGAAUAUUAAUUGAAAUUAGAUAGCCCAAUAAUCCUAACCAGUUAGUUUUCGAUUCAUCAGGAAUGAAAUCCAUUUUAAUAUUACCUUGA